UCCUCAGCUGCUUCUCUACCACAGCACAGAGACACCAGACACAGAGUACACAACACACACUCUCUCCCCUCUCCUUUGAACCCCGCAUUUGCUCUCUCUGAGAUGUCGUCGACGGGGUACUCGCGGCCGUCCAAGCUCCCGGGCGGGGCCGGCGAGCGGAGGCUGCCGCCGCGGCAGCUUCACCGGCAAGAUCGAGCCCAAGAAGUUCGGCCUCGGCCUCCUCGCCGGCGUCUCCCUCGCCAAGCUCUACUCGCCUGUAUUUCGGUGCGUACCCCGAUCCAUGCUUUCCGUUCCGAUCUAGCUUAAUUUGAGCUGCUCCCCUCAGCCAUGCGGGGCUUCCUUGCGUCAAAGUAACGCGACCGAUUCGAUUUCCAAUUGAUUUGAACCGACCCGAAUUUGGACGGGUUUCGUUGCGUUGCGUGAAAGCAAAGCAACCAAUUCGAUUUCGAUUCCAAUUCCAAUUCAGAUGUCCAUAUAUUCUCAGAAUUCCGGGAACCAGAUCCAAACUCUGUCUCUGAUUCCCCGAGCAACACAGCGCACGAAAAGCACCACAACUCCCCGCGCGCGAGCGAAAACGCCCAGCUUUCCUCGAGCCGCCGCCGCCCGCCGCCGUUCGCAAAGCCGCCGCCCGCCGCCAUGCCGAGUCGUCGCCGCCGCAACCGCAAGCGCCUCCUCACCUGCGUCGGCGCAGCUUCGGUGGGCGCGCUGCUCUUUUUCGGCGCCCACUCCUCGAGCAUCGGCCUCGGCGGCGGUACUUGGCCGCAGCACCAGGACCAGCUCUUCCGGUCGCCGGGGCCACCGCCGCCGGAAACCCUAAUGUCGAUGCCGCGCCAGACGUCACAGGCCGAUCUGUCCUUCGCGCGGCGCCUGUUGCCCAACCGCCACCACUCCCCGCCGCAACUCCGGGAGGAUGCCGUCCUCCUCCCGGACCGGGAGGUUCUCGUCCUGUCCGCUGACCCUGCCGUGGGGAACACCAUGUGCGUCUUUCAGGGUGGGGCGUCCUCCCCGGCGCGCGCUCUCGGGAGGCUGCCGGGGCCCGGGCCCGGGCGCCACGCCUACCUCUGCCCCCUGCCCGGCUCAGAGCAGCCGCUCCAACCACCACCCCUGCUGCUUUCAUCUUCCUCUUACUCCUCCUCGGCUGCUCCCCCUGCCACUGCCCCUGCCCCUGCCCCUGCCGCGGAUUUCCACAAGUUGCUCAAUUGGAACGACAGUCUCGUGUUUGAUUCCGCCCCUCUCCCUGGAGGCGAUCUUCUCCUCUUCGCCAAGGGCACGAACAGCCGCCAAGGGGUCAUCAAGACUGCCACUUCCAACAUCCAGUGCAUCUACAGCAGAGACUCCGAUGGCACGGUGGCCUCCUCCCCCGCCACCACUUCAGCCCAGCAGGUGAUCAGGUGCCCCCCUCCACCGGCUCCUUUAAGUUCCAGCAACCUCCAUGUCACCGUAGCCCUCAACGGCCAGGAGCCUUUACCCUCACUUGCUACCUACCAUCCACAAAACACUGGCCUGCCUGUGACACGUGAAAGGAAAACGAUAUGUGCCUGCACCAUGGUUCGAAACGUCGCCAAGUUUCUGCCUGAGUGGGUGAGGUACCAUGCUGCAGUGGGUGUUGAGAAAUUCUUCCUAUACGACAAUGCAAGCGAGGAUGACCUAGCAGGGCAGGUCUCUAGUUUGAACUCUGCUGGCAUUGAUGUCUCCACCGUGGCCUGGCCCUGGACCAAAACGCAGGAAGCAGGGCUUUCUCAUUGCGCAGCCACGAAUCAACCUUCCUGCGAAUGGAUGGCAUUCAUGGACGUUGAUGAAUUCAUUUUUUCACCAAACUGGAACGAGGUCGAGAAGCCUUCGAAAUCGUUGCUUGACUCGGUUGUUUCCGUUGAUCCGGAGGUUGGCCAAAUAUUCCUCCCCUGCUACGAUUUUGGUCCCUCUGGCCAAACAGCACAUCCACAGGAGGGGGUGUGCCAAGGCUACACCUGCCGGCUGAUGAGACCUGAGCGUCACAAAUCGUUGGUCCGCCUUGGCGCGGUGGCAGAUUCGCUUGCGAAUUCUGUACACCAUUUUACACUAAAGCCUGGUUUCCGGAAAAUGUGGACCUCUUUGGCUCGCAUAAACCACUACAAGUACCAAGCUUGGACGGAAUUCAAAUCCAAAUUCAAACGACGCGUGUCAGCAUUCGUGGCAGAUUGGACAGAUCCCGUUAACCUGCAAUCCCAUGACCGGGCCCCCGGGCUGGGAGUUGAUCCUGUCGAACCAGUUGGCUGGGCGGAUAGCUUUUGCGAGUUUAAGGAUAAUACUAUGCAGAAACUAAGUGAGAAGUGGUUCGGAAUUGGGUCUGGAGGCCGCGGAGCAAUAACAGAGUUCAACUCUAACGGUGACAUUGCUCCCUCCCCCUCUCUUACAUAGCUUAUAUAGUAAUAUAAAAUAACUAAAGCUAGUAAAAAAACAGUGAACUUGCCAAAAAAAAUAAAAAAAUAUAGCCCUUAACCUGAUUAGUAUACACAUUUUUACAAAGAAUCAAGGCAUGCCAUUUUUAUUGUUUAUAACUGCAUAUUACAAAUGUCAUUACUAACAUCAGUAUGUUCUUCUUGCAGUUUUCUCAGCCAUUCACUGUCAGACAGUAAUCUGCACUAGUUUUCUUCAAAUUGAGCUAGUUUAGGAUUUCUGGCCAAUGAUGAUAUAUUCUGGUUAAGCUGUUGCAAAUUGACCUCUGCAGCAGUAUGCACUGAUGCACCAUAUUUAGCUUUUGGUUUUAUUGUUUUUCGCCACCUGAUGCUCCUUUUGCUGAAAGUGUAAAAUCCACAAGGCAGACACAUCAGGAAUUUGUUUCUCUUUCGACUUUACUUGUUUCAAAUGAUUAAAAGCAAUCAAUCUGAGGCGGAUCAAAUUUUUGCAUGGUCUCUUCGACGCAAAUGAUAUAUAUGAAUUAAUCUAAGGCCUUCUUUUUUCCUGGAUGUUCUUUUCUGGUGCAAAGGAUAUGUGCAUGAAUCCAUCUGAAACUCAUCGGCUGGUAGAGCCUUGUGCAGAAUAAAAUCUGAGGCCAGAUGUAGCUUAGCUCUUUUUGUUUCACUUUUGUUAUCUGGGGUUCAGUGCUUGAUUCUCUUGUUUUUCUUUUGACUGCACGGUAGUUUCUGGUUUUGCAUGAGGUUAUUAUUGUUUUUUUACAGGUUAUUGGCAUGCUUCUGUUCGGUUUGCGUCACCUGUUCUUCUGGGUGCAGUUUGUAGUUUGGUGGGCGCCAGUGGCUGCUGCUGCCGAAUAUCGAUAUUUUGAUCCCACCAUCCAAGGAGCUCCAGACGCGUGCUAGAAGGACCUCGCCAUUGCUCGUCUUUCCUGGUUGCCUGGCAGGAUAUGUACCUACUUUUUCUUCAUCAACAUGGCAUGGCGACUGCAGGGAUCUUCUCUGGUUGUUCGGUUAGGUUUGCAACUGAUUUUUCUCCAAUCUUUCUGGGAGAAUUACACAUUCUUUUCUUCCCUAUUUCUCUGAUUUGUUAUUUCUGCAGUUUAUUUCUUGAUUGUUUGUUAUUGGGAGGAACUGCUAUUGUCAGAGAGGGAGGUGUCACCCCCUGCGUUUCUUUGUUCUGCCCUCAGUACACAGGCAAAACUCGGUUAUUCUGGAUCCUAACCUGGGGUUAACCUCUCUCCUACUCUUGCUCCUUAUGUGUCCGUCCUCACUUAUUCUUCAGUUUGUUACCUUGCAGCCAGUAUUAUAUUGAUACUAAAUCCCUGAUAGGUACGCGAUCCCUGAUCUCAACGGCCUAAAAUAUUCUUUUGGAAUAUGAAUCUGAUAAGCAUCACCAUGUCCCCCCCUAGGAAAAAUAUGCAGUAUCAAUUCCUAUUCUACAGUUAAAGAAUAUAUUGAAAUUCAGUUGGCCUACAAGCUCCUUAUUGUCCUUAGAUCGGUUUGUUUUUCGGGGAAGCCCGACCCCAUGCUUUCUAGUUGCUGGAGUAGGGGUACUCUAGUUCUUCGAUCUUAUCUUGGCUAAGCUGUAUGCCGCAGCAUGUAAUAGCGCUUGUGAACCUCGUGGCUUCAUUAAUUUAAAGUCGGACAUUUCAUGCCUGUUAUCUAAAAAAAGAAUCUUAAAAAGGUUAAUCUCACUUCCCGGGGCGAUUUGUUUUAUGCUUUCCCUCCUUUUGGCGAUUAUGGUAAUUCAGUUGUCCACCUAAAAAACUUAUAGGGGCUACUUACUUCUCUAUGCCAUUAGUUCAGACAAGCAUUUUAUGUUUACCCUUCUUUUGUCGCCUAUGAGGUCGUAAUUUGAUAUUGUGCACCGUCCCUCUAUUGGUCCCAUAAUAUGUUAUAUUUGUAUGUAUUUAGAGCUGUGUCUCCUUUUGCUUGCAAACUGUUUUAUUGAAACUUUCAUGUAAAGAUGAUCAACUACCUCGUGUUUGGGUUUGACGUAUGUGUGCUGCGUCACAUGUGUGUAGGUAACAUGGACUGGUAGUUAAGCAAAAACAUUACUAUCUCCCUAAGUAGAGGGACAUGAAGCCCAAGACCUUCGCCAACCUUGUCUCUGCCCUCCUCUACGAGAAAAGGUUUGGGUCCUACUUCUAUCAGCCAAUUAUUGCUGGGCUAGGAUUUCACGACCAGCCAUUUAUACGUGUCAUGGACUUCAUUGGUGCUUAAGUGUAUCAGUUCUCGUCUUUAUGCGGCUUAUUUCUGUGUGUUACUUUCUUUUCAAUAUCAAAUUGAUUUGAAUAUGUCUGGGUGCCAUGUUUCAUUCACAAACUUCCAUAUAUGUUACACGGGCAUGUGUAUCGUAGUGAUGAGUACUCUCUUUAUCAGCUUUGGCCGAGUCAUAACCCUCAGAUGUAUACAAUCCAGGGGAGCUGGCAAAAGAUUUUGUGGUUUCUGGUAGUGCUUGAGAAUCAUUAUAUGGUGCUUGUGAGUCCAUGCAUGUAUAAACCAGACGUGGUUCGUUUACUUGCUUGAGAAAUGCCAUCAGAGUGCUAUAGUAAUUUCCGUUAUCUAGUUUUGCACUCUAAAUACGACAAAUUCUUUGUUCAAAUUUUUAUUUGGUAAAUGAACCCGAAGAACUAUUUGAGACAAUCUCACAAGCAUUGUUGUCUUCUGUUGAUCCUGAUUGCCCAAGUGGCUGGGGAGGUUAUGUUCCCAUUGUGUAAGUUCCGCAUGUAUCUUAAACUUUUACUGUAUGCAUAUUAUUAUACCAAAAAUACACAUGUGAGUAUGUGAGCAUCUUUCUGCUAACUGAAUACUUACCAACUUAUGUAAUUCAUUAUUUUUUUGGGCACUUGCUGUGCGAAGGUGCACCCCUUAAAAUGCUAACCCAUUCAACAAGUGUUUGAUAUUUGAACAUCAGGUUUGUUAAACCAAUACUGUUUUGUUAUUAUGCGCCAUAACAUUAGUAAUUGUGCGUAUGAGCUCAGAGAAGAAGGUGCUUGUCAGUUCAUUUGAAGUUCUUCCUUACAUUCUGAAACUUUAUUUUCCUGGUUGCAGAACGCCCACUGGAGUUCAGGAGAGUGCUCAAGGGAAGGAUGGACUGAGUUCGCAGCACCUGUAGCCCUAGAUCACAUAGGAGAUUAUUUCGUCAUUCGACCUAAAACCUGCGUGGUCCAUUUAUUUCAGAAAGUAAAGAACCUUUAGCAUGGAAGAUAUAUAUGAUUUCUGGUUCUGUUCUCUGCCUUACAACUUGGAAACAUGCCAUGAAGGCUUGUGUGCCUGUGUAUGUACUUUGUAACAUCGCGUGUUUGCAAAGAUUGGCUGGAAGAAUUUCAUUUGCGCUGA